AGCCGAUCAAGAUGGAUUUUCCCCGUUUCAAUUGAGAUGACCUACCAAGUUGGAUCUUCAAUGUUGAACUGUUCUUUGAGUGCCAAGGAAUUUUGGAGACAAUGAAGGUUAGACAUGCUGCCAUGAAUUUUGACAGACCCGCCAUUCAGGGGUUUCAGUGGUUGGUUUUGCAGCAUGGUCGACCCGACUGGCAGCAACUAGUGACCGCCAUGACAGUUCGAUUUAGACCCUCAAUAUAUGUGGACUAUAAUGCAGAACUCUCUAAGAUAUGCCAGAGAGGAAGUGUGGUAGAGUAUCAAGAACAGUUUGAACAAACUAGCAACAUGGUUCGAGGCUGGCCCAUGGAAGCACUCAUAGGAGCAUUCGUGAGUGGCCUAAAGGACGAGUUGAGGAUCAAAGUGCAAGCGCUGCGACCCACUACACUACAUGCAUGCUUUGUCGCGGCUCAUAUGACUAAAAAAAGCACCAGCGCUUCUCCCAAUUCAACAGGCCAUCCAAUGUUUUUGUGCACAACCCCAAAGUAUUCGAUGGAACAAGAAAAAGCGAUAAGCAAGGCAUUGACCACAGCCGGUCCCAACCAGCCAAUCAUGCGUCGCCUCGCACCCGAACAGAUUGGAGAAAAACGAUGCCAAGGAAUCUACUUCCAUUGUGACCAACCGUGGACAGGGCUUCAUGCAAGCGCCUUCACAUGUACUUAGUGGAGGAAGAAGAAGAAGAAGUGGCACCAAUCGAGGAGAACACCACCGGGGCAGCAGGGGAAUCUUCGGCCAUGAAUAUGACAGUGGGGUGCCUGCCAGAAAUAUCUCUGCAUGCACUUGCCGGGAAUGAGGUGCCUCAACUGAUGAGAGUGGAGGGAAAGCUCAGAGGCCGAACCGUGAGUGUGCUAGUCGAUACAGGCUCUAUUCACAACUUUAUUAGUGAGAAAUUGGCAAAGGCAUUGGGUUGCAAGAUUGAUACACAACCGGUGUUUGAUGUGGUGGUAGGAGAUGGCAACACUCUGAAAUUCAAAGGGCGCUGCAACGAAGAAAAGUUGGAAAUUCAAGGCCAUUGUUUUGCUGUGCAGGUGUAUACGUUGGCCAUGGUGGGCGCCGACCUCGUGUUGGGCGUGCAUUGGUUACUAGGGUUCGAUGAAGUGAUGUGGGAUUUUGUGGGCAUGCGCAUGCACUUUACACAAAAUGGAGACCGCCGACUCACGUUAUCAGCGAGAAAGCGACCCGCAGCUAUAGAAGCUUCUAACUACAAAAUAUUUAGAGGAGCAGCAGCAAGUUUGGUUUUACUCAUGAUUCCUAAAGGACUACCACCGCCGCGCUCAAGUGACCACAGGAUCGAUCUUCAACCUAGGGCGGUGGCCAUCAAACUAUGGCCCUAUCGGUAUAACCCGUUUCAACAGGAAGUACUCACACGACUUGUACAAGAGAUGCUAGCUCAAGGCGUCAUCCAGCCUAGUCGGAGCCCGUUUGCUUCACCAGCAUUACUGGUACUAAAGAAAGAUGGAAGUUGGCGUUGGCAUUUUUACGUCGACUAUCGAGCCCUCAAUGCCAUCACGAUCAAGGAUCGAUAACCUAUCCCUAUGGUGGUGGAUCUCCUGGAUGAGUUGCAAGGUGGUUCCUUCUUUUCCAAGGUCGACUUGCCAGCUGGCUACCAUCAGAUCAAAGUGCUUGAGGCUGAUGUGCCUAAGCCUGCCUUUCUCACCCCCGAUGGCCAUUAUGAGUUUUGUGUUAUGCCUUCUGGACUUACCAACGUGCCGACAACGUUUCAGUCUCUCAUGAAUGACGUGUUUCGGUCUGAUUUGCACAGUUCAUGUAAUGCUCGUUGGUUCGACGGGUCGGGUCGAGCUAGGGUCCAGACCCGGAACCGACCCCCACUCGCGUAAGGGCCCGACGCGAGGCCCUUCUCCCUCGCCUUUCUCUUCCUUCUUCGUUGUCUCCGGUGGUCUCCUGUGGCAGUGCAGAGGGAGGAGAGUGACGGUCGGGUGGUGGUGGCUGGAACGGCGACGGCGACGGCGACGGAGGUGGCAGCGGCGACGGCGGCGGCGGCUGCUGGGUAAACCCUCUCUCUCUCGUGCGAUUUUUCUUGCUCUGCCACUCAUGCCCUUUUUUCUGUUUUGCUCUCUGCCGCACGUCCCCUCUUCUUCUCUCUCGCCAUUUUCUUUCCCCUCUUUCCGCUGGUUCUCUACCGCUCGACCCUCUUCUCACUCACCCGCACUCCCCCGCCUGCUCUUUCUCUCUCUUCUCACCCCACGGCUGUUUUCCCCCUUGACCGAACCCUUCCUCUCUCUGUCUCUCCUCUCUGUCAGCGUCCCUUUUCUUUGUUUAUUUCAGUUUUUUUUCCCCAACUACUACCGUGGGUCUUUCCUAGCA